AUGGCUCUUCUCCUACUCGCACCAUACAAUGACUCGAUCCAGUUGGGCCAAGGAUUCAAUUCAUUCCUGCAGAUACCCUGUAUCACAGGUGCAGUACAGUUUUCCGAAUCGGAUCUGAAAGCAGAAGCCAGCCGCGCUGGAGGAGCGGCCAAUGUAUCGCAGACUGUCUCCUCUAAUUCGCGGUUCGUUGAGAAAAUGUCAGAGGUGGCUCGAAGCAUGAACGUUAGCGCAGCUUCGUCUAUCAAGUCGGGGACUAUUGGGUUUUCCGGCAAUUCAAUGAGCGUGGACGAAGGAAAGUUUUCUGCGAGCGACAUGAACGCGGUAGUUUCGGUCAACGUUGUCAAUCAAACUAUCACAACUCCACAACAAGCCACAUUUGUGCCCUUAAAAGAUGUCCAAAUGAACAGUGCAAAGUUCUUCGAGAUAUACGGUGACUGCUAUGUUUCAGGGUUCGUGGAGGGCGGGGACCUCCAUGGUAUUGUCUCCGUCCGGGUUCUUGAUGCCUCCAAGAAAUCUGAGGUUCAGUCUGCAAUCGAGAGCCAGAUAAAUGGCGGAGGCACUGCCACAAGCUUCACCCUCAGCGAUGCUAGUGUGGGCUCCGGACUCGAGGAGGCGCUUAAGCACACGGAAACGUCAGUUUCGGUGAGUUGGUCUGGCGGCGGCCAGAUAAAGCCAGAUUCUGAAGAAUGGACACUCGACUCACUCAUGCGCGCGGCGGCUGCCUUCCCCUCACGAGUGGCAGAAUGCCCGCAGCGUACAUGGGUCAUCUUGACCCGUUAUACAGACAACCGUGAAUUCGUUGAAUGGGCCAGCGACAAUAACAUCAAGUUACCAGACUUUGUACCUGUCCAGAACUAUUCAUCGGAGUUAUUGGAUUGCUACAUGGAAUUCAAGCACAAUCUCAACCGACUACAGUCUGUCAUGGCGAAUCCUUCUCAAUACCGUUUGAGCAAGUGUGAAAACCCUAUACCUCUUGACAUUUGGGCUCUUGUCAAGGAGCGGGAGCUCAUCCGAGGCAAAAUGCGGAAAAUUGCAGGGAGGAUUGAUCUUUUGUGA